UAAAGCAUCUGUCGAGCCAGCUCGGCAGGUCAGCUUGUUCGGGGGAUCAGAGGUGCCUGCCAAGGCAGAUCCUCUCUGUCUUUGUUUCUCGCUCCGCCAGUCUCUGUCUUUCUCUCGCCGUUCCAGAGUACGAUGCCGACAGAUGGCCACGCUCGCAGCCGCAGCGCAGCCCGAACUUUUCAUCGCAACCAGGCAGCAGACGCCAACAACGCCGCUAUCGCUGCCCUUGACGAGCAAGCACAGCGUCGGCUGCAGGCAUACUUGGAAGCCUUCCAGACUUUCCCCGUCCCAGCAGAGCCAGCCGCAUCCCACACCUCGGGCCGAUGAUGCUGCUCCGCCUCAUGGCGACGGUCGUGCAGAUUUGCCUGCGGGUCAUCGCGACGGAAAAGCAGGUGGUGACGCUGCCUUCGAGAUCAUCGAUGAUGGGGGCGACUCGAUCGGGGCGGUCCGCGUGUACGUCGACACUACGAGGAAAGAGCUCCUCGCAGCCAUUUCCAAGCUUCAUAUCGGGGUCGCCAGCCUGGUUUCCUCCGUCUCCAACACCUACGACAAAAUGGGCAAGCACAUGGAGAGUCGUUUGGCCAGUGUUGAAGCUCGACAGAAUCAGCACGAUGCCCGCUUCCCCCAGCUCGAGAAACACACCCGUGACCUACAGCAGCAUCUUGGCGUCUUUCAGAAGGAACAGCCCGUUGUGGUGUCAUCCACCGACACGUCGUUCAAUCGUCAGCCCGAUACUUCUGCCAUCAUUGCCCGUACGACGGAGCCAGUGGGCAAGCACACGCUCAUUCAAGUUCUGCAGCCGUGGUUGGGUCGAGUUUCCAUGGAGCCCAGUUUGCAUCAGCUCGAGUGCGAGCCAGUCGACAAGAGAUGCAUUUUCCGCGUCAAAGGCCAGGGUGCAUUGGCGGCCAAACGUGUCAGCCAGGCCAUGGGAGCCUUACGCCUUCCCGACGGGUCGCGGCAGUGCUUCAACGCCAAGACCAUCACUGCGGCGCAGGAGGAGCAGGAGCAGGAGCUGGUCAGUCUUGGUGCCGCCCUGGAUCCAGACCCGCUCGUGGAAGCAAAUUCUGGAGGCUUCAUUCCUAAAGAAUCCGCCACCGUGCCUUCAGCACGAAGUGGAGCGCUCAGUCGAAAUCUAUAG